GCGCCCGACAUUGAAGCUGAAAAAAAGGAGUGGGAAUUGUUGCAGAGAUACUUUGAUCGCGACUCAAUUAGAUCAUGUCCUCCAUCGAAGAUAACGAACUUCCUAAAGCCAACGUGGCAAGAGUGCUGAAACAUGCCCUUCCCUCCGGAACCGCCUUACAAAAAGAUGCCAAAUUAGCCGUGAGUAAAGCGUCGACCGUCUUUAUCAACUAUUUAAGCGCAGUGGCGAACGAUCUCGCCAAAAGUGCCAAUCAUAAAACCAUUUGUGCUGCUGAUGUGUUUAAAGCCAUGGAGGUCUUGGAACUUGAUCACCUGAUCCCGCCGUUGAAGGAAUCAUUUACUGCAUUCCAGCAACUGCAAAAAGAAAAGAAACAGAGCAAAAAGCUUAAAAAAUCCGAAGACGCAGCCAAGGAAGGAGGGGAUGAUACUCGCACGGAUCAACCCGAUCAGGAAGGUUCAACUUCCAUAGGACAGAAGCGUCCCAUUGAUGAUGAUGAUGAAGAGCUCGGCGAUCAUAAAAAGGCAAAGCAAGACGAGGAUGAGGAGGAGGAUGAAGACGUUGAUGAAGAGGAUGAAGUGGAAGAAGAUGAAAAUGAUAAUGAUAAUGAUAAUGAUGAUGAUAAUGAUAAUGAGGAUGAGGAUGCCGACGAGGAAGACGGGGACAAAAUGAUGGAAGAUGCACCUGACAAUGACGUUGAAUAAGUAUCCCACAGCGACGGGCCAAGGAACAAGAUACUUCAUGUACCAAAGAAUCAAUAGAUCAAAUCACAUACGACAUCACCUUUUUCGCUUCAUUUAUCCUGCAUUUCUCUCUUUGGCUCGAUUUCCUUUAUAUUCCUUCGCUAUUGAUAUGGCUGCUGUUUUUAUUUUCUUCCAUAUGUUUCUUUUUCCAUUCUUUAACGCAUUAUGCAAGUUGACCUUUUUUCUUUUGCUACAAAUACACAACAUAUUCUACUUUUUUCAAGGUUCAAAAGUUGUAUCGCUUGAGUCGACCGACACAGAAAAUGACGGUGCUUAUUAAUGUCAGCAAGGCAGCGACACGGAACAACCAAACUGAACCACAGUAUUCGAG